UGCCGGGUGGCGAAAAAUACACGUCAGAGCUUCCUGAAAUUUCCGAAGAUCACCUCGCAGACUCAUGUUAUGCCGAGGAUUGAGUACAUCCUACGACCACUGCUCGACCCAGCAUAAUAAUGUCUGCGACUGCUGGAGCCCAGGUGCCUCAGGCUCAAUUUGAUGCUGCUACUCAGAGAGAGCUUCAAGAAUUCAUCGACCAAGAACAAGCGAAGGCCAAGAUGGCGGCUACAGUGCACGAGCUGACAGACACAUGCUGGAAAAAGUGCGUGACCGGCUCUAUCAGCAGCAAGUUCUCCAGGAACGAGGUGUCAUGUCUCGAAAACUGUGUCGAUCGCUUCCUCGAUACCAGCUUCUACAUCUUGAACGAGGUCAAGCAACAGAGAAAUCAACUGCAUUGAACGAGACUAGACUAUACAAUUCACAGCAUGUAGCAUACAUC